UAUGAUGGAUUGUUUACAAUGUUCAAUACAAAUGGAUACAGGCCUAUGACGAAUACUGGAUUAUCAACAUUGGAUUUCAUAUGUAUAAUCAAUUGAAUAUAGUCUACAACUGUUUUAUUUUUUUUACAAUUAAUUAGAAACUCAAUACAUGCAAAUGGUUUCAAAACAAAACAAAAAAAUCGAUAAAUAAAACAAAAAUUGACACCUAAAUUGGCAUGAAAAAAAUGUAAUUACCAUAAAUAAUUCCAUAUCUAUUGGCUCUGGAAUUCAAUUUGCCAAAAAAAAUGUGCGGUACCAUUAACGUAUUAGUAAGGUUUCAGUACGGAAAUAUGCCUAUCGCUGAAUAUUGUAAGAUAAAUAAUUAUUGAAAUGUCUAAAUUGAUGAAUUGAUUAAUUUUACUGCUUUAAAAUUUGAGGUAAAUAUUUACAGAUUUAUGUUUUUGUUAAGCAUGUAAUUUUGAGAUUUUCUUUCUCUUCAAAUUUUCAAAUAUUUUUCAUUUUUUGCUUAAUAAACUUGAUGUCGCUUUUUCACAAACAAACCCACUAUAUUAAUAUUUGGUUGUCGCCAUAUAGACUUGUGCUAAUAUGUGCUAAUAUACAGUUGUGGAGCAACCUUUUUAAUUUAAUUAUGGCCGUACAUGGAUCAAUCAUAAAAUAUGAGUCCAUAUUAUGUUAUCAUAUUACAUUACUAAUUACUAUUACAGGUUUUUAACUUACUUUAUAAUUUGAAAUAUUGUAAUUUGUAAUGGUGUGAGUUACUUACUCCAUGAAUCAUUUUUACUAUAUUUAAAACAGAAAAUAUUGUUAUGCAAUGUUUUUACUAUAAAGAUGUUAAAAUAGAGAAAAUACUAAUAAAAAAUUCUACAAAAUGGAUAUCAAAGAAAUUUGCCUUGAUGAAAUAGCAUUAGAAGGCCUAGAUGGAAUUACUCUUCCUGCCUUAUGGCUUCGCCUAGAAAAUCGCAAUUUACCGAUCAAACUAAAUAAUUGUGUAAAGGAAUAUUUAUGGAAUUUCAUUGUUCAACACGAAUCAUUGGAAUGUUAUCAGAUACUCGAAGAUCGCAGUGAACCUACGAUUUUCGACAGAUUUGAGAAUCUAGGCUCAAGUUCAAUUCCAGCUGCUACAGCUCCUGAUGAAUUGGAAACCUUAGUUGACGUCUACAGCACAGCAGCGGUUAUGGACGCUGAAGUUAGAGGAUCAUGCUCUGACUAUAACGAAAGAAUAAAUAUUUCACAUAUCAUUGCUAUUGCACGAUCCGGUCUUGAUGCGACUCUCGGCCAGUUUGGAGCUAGGAAAUUGGUUAUUGCUGCAUCGCAAGCAUUGAGAGAAAAAGCGAUGCUGCAUAAAAAUAACAACCCAACCGUUUUAUCGGGACUGACUGAUGUUGCAUACUGUGUACUUGAACGAAUUUGUCGAUCGAGAUAUCAAGGGGAGCUUCAGUCUGCACUAAACAAAUUGAAUUUUAAGGAAAAAGGAAUCAGUCAUAUUCACUAUGUUAUAAACAGUCUUUCUAAACUUGGUCUUGUUAUUAAAAAUAAUCGAACAUAUAAACGUGCAGAUAUGGGUAACAGAACGUUUUUUCAGGUUUUGAUUCAUUCACCAAGAUUUGAACGUGAUUGUCGUGACUUUAAUAUGAGAAUGCUCGACAAAAUUCGUGAAAUUGUGAAUGGAUUUCCUGAUAAAUCUAUUAUUUUGUCAGAACUUCGUGAUCGUUUGCAAGUUGAACCUCGCCCUUUCAAAACUUUGUAUAAAAACCUUGUCAAAUCUGGCGAGGGUAUUGUUGAAUCAGUUAACCCAACAGCAAAGAAAAGAACCAUAACUGAAUUGAAAUUAACAUUGCUAAAUAAACCUUGUGAAGCAAUCACAGAAGAUGAUGACGAAGAGGAUAUUUUAAAAAUAUUUACAUCAGAUUCUAAGUCUUCAAUUAGGCCUUUAGUUUUGGAACAGCCUUUUAUUUAUCAAGGCUAUAUGUAUGUCCUUGAUAAUGGAGAAGAAGGUGUAACUCAACGAAAAAUACUUGAAUUUUUAAAAGGUUACGGCAGACUUGAAGCUCGUAAUUUAUGCAAAACAUUUAAUCGUAUGGAUCUUGUAAGUGGCGUACUGGUUGAUCAAGGAAAACAGAGAGUACAAACAUUUUAUCCGAAACAUCAAGCACUUGUUAAUUACAAAAAUCUAGAAUUUUCUAACGAAAAAGAAAAAAUGCAAAGAUUGUUGGAUGAAACAGUAAUGUCUUCAGAUAAACAUACUCCAGCUAUCCAUUCUUCGGUUGAAGAAAGUAUGAAUUGCACCAUGGAUAUAAGUGAUGCAAAUAUAAGUACAUCAACAAAUGUUUUUCAACAAGAAACUGGCGAUGCGAAAGAAUGUUUACAGCAAACAAAAACAACCAUUAUGACCUUGCCUAAUGAGGGUUCAAAUGAAGUUAUUCAAACUAAUUCAAGCUCCGUUUUAGAGUCUCCCAGUAGAGUGAAUAUCUUUGAUAGUUUAAUUCAAAAUCGUUUAUUAACUCCCAGCCAUCAACAUAGGAGAAAAUGGCAUGCACAUCUUACAGCUCGAAAAUUAAAAAGACAUAAUAACGUUCUAGAACUUCUCAACGAUGAAAAAAUAAUAGAAGGAUUCCGCGAUUUACAAAAAGCGUUAGCUAAAUUUGAAGAGGAGGAAGGAUGUACGACUAAAAUUGAUAAAAAGACGGUAAUGAGGCUUGUGGAAAGAAUGAAUCAAGACGGUAUUAUACAACACAGUGUAAUACCGAUUACACACAAUUGUCGAACUGAAAAUUUUCAUUUCAUCAUGGCUCUGGAUUGUCCAGUGAAUUUAUUGAAAUCUGCUGUUGAUCAAGCAAGAUUUAAACUACUGGGUGAUGAAGAAAAUCGAUUUGCUCGAGAAAAGCAACAACAAAAUAAAGAAGUAGUAAAAGCGAAAGGAAGAAAUACAAAGGACAAAGAUUUUGGAUAUGGUAUGGACACAAUGUCAGUAUUAAAUAUGGGAAAUGUAAUGACCAGGCAAUUUUUUCAACCGAAGUUCAAAAGAGUACGUGUUGUGCAUGAAAUACUUUGGUAUUUAUUAUACGGCCAUCCUGACAUAAUAGACUGGUCACCUGAAAUGGGAAUUCAGGACCCUGAUGCAUUUCGUACAUAUUGCAAAGAAAUUAGUUGGAAAAGAUUUUUGCCUCCAGUACCAGUUCAUACCCAUGAUGGUGUAAAAUGGUUGCAACUCGGUGACGUAGCUACCAUUUUGCCGUUGUCUAUAUUUUGUCAGUUUCAUCGGAUAAAUUAUGAGGUCCAAAAUAUUGACGAAUGGUUAGCUGAUGAAGAAAAACGCCAUACACUUGUAAGACAUCUUCCGCAAGAUAUACGUUCGUUGCUUUUUUACAAAAGAAAAUACAUGUUUUCUCUUAUGCUUUGCAUUGAGCAACUUACAUUUAUGGGUUUAAUAACAAUGCGUCGGGGUAGGUCAGGCACAAAUGUAAAUAUGCCGAAAGAAAAUAUGUUAAUAUACGUGCACAAAAACGUCUCCAUUUUGGAUACUAGGUCAUCUGGACAACAACAUGUUAAAGUAGAAAACAAGGAUUAUGAGAAAAUUAAUAUUGUUUUAAACGAGUUUGUAAAUGUAGAAGAAUUUUGGUUUCAAUUACAAGAUAUUUGCGUGCAGACUAACCUAGGUUUACACAUCCAAGAAUCAGAUUAUGACGACAUCAAAGAUCACUUAGGGACGGCAGAAUUGAAAAAAUACAUAACUUUCAUCACUCAGCAUCAACCCAAGCCUGCUGAUGAUUCAACGAUUCCCGGUGAUAAUCGAGGUGCAGGAGGAUUAGAUUCUAGUAUGUAUAGUUAUUUAUACAGAAAUUGGAGAUCAAAACCACAUAUGGAAGCAAUGGAACGAAAAGCUGGCAUUUCACAUUUACGUUUGCCUAAAUUACGAGAGAAAAGUUAUUCUCUUACACCAAAAAGAAAGAAAGUGGUCGAGUCUCAAGAUGAAACUGAUAUUUCUUUUACUUUGGAUCAGAACAGUGAUUCGAGCAUGUUAACAGAUAGUUCUAAUAUUGCGGAAAGCACUAAAGCAAAGACUAAGAAAUCACAUAAAGCUACAAAAUCAGCUGGUAAAGAUAAAAAUACAUCAGAACCUCAACUUGUUACCGUAAAUAAUGUUGGACGAAACGAACGUGUGAAGGGAGGGCGUGAGAAAAGGAAAAAGCAAUCCGUUGAAUUGGAAAUUCCAAUGAAAAAACUGAGAAUGCAGGUAAGGAGAAGGGGCAGAAAAAAGCCUGAAACAGUUAAAAAAGGCAGACAAAAAUAUAAAUACGUUGAUGGGAAGGAUUUGGAAGCAAUAAAGGAACGAAAAGGCCGAUUACGUGUCAAUUUCACUCCAGCAGAAGAUUCAAUGCUGUUAAUUUGCCACAUUGCGACCACAGUUCUGACGCACUUAUUCUGGAAGAAGCAACACGGGCCGAGAAAAUGUUUGACGCCGUGGUCCGUAAUUCGCGAUAUCUCUCAACGUCACCUUCCAGAGUCACUCGAUAAAACUUCUUACUCUGUUGGACGUCGUACUCUAAACAUUAUGAGAAAUCCAGAAACUAGAAUAUGCCAUGAUAUAUCUGUUGCUGAUAUUGAAAGUGAUAGGAAGUUUAUAAAACAGUUCAAAAUACCAUCUGGUGACUUGGAUACGCAAGAAACUGCCGCUGCUUUACGUGAAGUAUAUUCGCAAAUUGUUCAGCUUCUACAAGUAAGAUUCAAGUCGCAACCUGGAAUAUUUAGUCUUCAAAUUCCCAAUUCUGUUUCUGAGUUAUUGAAACGAUAUAUUCCGAAAACUAUUCUACGUAAAAGCGAAGACAUUCAAAUAAAAAGGAAUCUCUUCUUGGAUCAUGUGAGGGGUAAUGCCGAUAUUACACAUGCUGUAAUAGAAAAUAUGACAUAUGUUGCAUUACAAAUGGGCGAGGAGGAAUUCAGCGUUUAUCAAGCGUACAGGGCAUUUGAGUCAUUCCCUGAAGAUAUUUUGAGUAAAGUAUUCACACUCAUGCAAACAAGUGGCUUCGUUUGUGCAAAACAAGAGAUGCUUCGAAGAUUACCUUUUGGAAUACGGUCACAUCGCUUGGCACAAGCCUAUAUACAAACUUUCAAAGCAGUUGUACCCCAAGAAGCACUAGAAGAUUUGUCACUUUCCAUUGUUCAGACAUCUGAUAUGAAAAUUGAUUCAGCUGCCAAUGUGGGACAUAUUUUCUUAAUUUCAUAUUUAUUGUCAAAAGGAGAUUUACAGAUGAAAAUUGACAUGCCUGACCAAAUUAUUAUUCCUGAUGCUCCGAACAUGCCUGUUUUCGAGAAUCAAUUCCUAGCAAUAAUCAAAGAAAGCAAGGAUGAAAUUUUUAAUGAAGCAAGUAGUAUGUUAUCAUCAAAUUCCAAAGAUGAUUCUGCCCCUCCCGAAAGUCUCAUUGCAGCCGCAGCUUGUAUGCUGCCACCAACAACCACAAGUUCUUCUGUUGCAGAUUCUAAUUCCAUAUUAGAAGACAAUUCGAAAACUUUGAGAGAUAAUAACGAUCCAUCCAACUCAAAGACUAAACUCGAAAAAGUAUUACGGUUGUAUUAUCGACAUCCAUCGUACACCAAUUGGUUAAUGCUAAUCAAUCCAAGUCGCCGUGGUGAAGUAUCAGAUGCAAAGUUUACGAACUUAAAUUAUUCUUGUAACUCAGACUCUGUUGUUUUAAAUCCAUGUACUGUCACAGUUGAAGACAGUCAAAAUUUGCUGUUGAAUUAUGCUAAGGUAGCAAGACUUAAGGGCACCAACGGAGAAAAGGAUUUAGACUUACUUGCUCAGAGAAUAACAAGAGGAAUGGAAAGUGUGAAACUACAACAUACAGAGAGUAACAGUAAUUGGAUAAUGCUACAAAAAUCUGUUGGUGGACAGAGAGCCAUAUUCAAACUUAUAUUUCAAAUUAUUAACAACACCGAACAACUUGGAAUCACAGGACCUGAAAUUUUAGCACUAGCCGAUUUGCAUGACAAUACAGCUAUCGAAGAGGCUUUAAAUAUUAUGAAAGCCAAUAAUGUUGUUUUUAUUGUUGGUGUGAAAGAAGCAAGAUAUGUUACGUACAAUCAUGUACAAAUAUGGACUGCAAAAGGCUUUCGUUUCUGCGACAGAAGUACCAAAUUCCAUGACGAAAUUAGUCACGAAAUCGAACUUUUACAUCAAAAUGAAAAAGUACCGAUGAAAACGAAUGAAGAUGAACAACGUAACAUCAAUUUAACACAAUCCGUAAACACUGAAAUAAAAAAGAAAUAUCAAGAGGUGAAGUUUUUAUGUCGACCAUGGCACACAAUAGGUGGAGAUGUGAGUUUCAAUAAUGCGAAGGCAAUAUUAUUCAGCGUAUAUCUGAAAAUUUUUGCCUCACCUGGGAUAACCCAACAGCAUUUAUGUGCAUCAUACAGUUUUCAACCAAUUUGCAUUCUUCAACUUUUGGAAAUUUUGUGCAAAACUGGAUGUAUUACCAAACAUAUCAUCGAAACCCCUGGCCCGAAGAAACUUUUUGGUGCUCCGUCGAAACCUAAUAUUACUACGUAUUAUGAAGCAACACAGGACGGUUUAAUUAUUUUAAGUAAAUGGUGCAAUUCUAUUAAUAGUAAUCUUCACAAAUAGUUGAAUUUUUGUCAGGAAUUUUACGAAAUUUUAUGUCUGAAAGCAAAGAUUUUCAGAACAAUUCUUUUUUUAUAUACAAAGUCACUGAUAUGUAUGAAACUACUUUAUUUUGAAAGAACUGGAAUUUUUUCAGCUUUGACCAAGGGGCCACACACAAAUUGAAUAUUGGAAUACAUUCUAAAUUAAAUAUAUUUAAUAUGGUGUAUUUUUAUUCUUAGUAGAAUUUUGUAUACCAUAGUUAAAUUUCAAAAUUUUCAAUCUUGAGAAUUUAAAAACCAAAAUGUCAUUAGGGUAUCAUAGAAUUCUGUUCCUUUUCUAUAUAAACAAAUUUCAAUUUUAUGAACAUAAACUUAUUGGUAAUUGAUGUCUAAAUUGAGAAUGUGUUUGAUAUUUCAUAUACCAUCCAAUAUUUUUUCAGAAUUCAUUUGUAAUAGUAAAUUGUUUUGGCUAUUUCUGUUCUACAUUGAAUGUUUUUUUGAUGUUCACUGGUUCACUGAAUUUACUCGAUCAGACUUUAACUCUCUUACAAGAGCAUAACUUUAUUAUGAUUGCACAAUCUUAUUAAUGCAAUCAGUAGUGAAGUUUAAACUCCACUAAGCUUAUAUUAUUUAUUAACGUGCUAUAAUUUGUUGAUAACAAUUAAAAACUUGAUGUUAUGGUGACCCAGGCGCAGGUCUCUUCUUCAGUUGCCAGUCAAGGUCCAAUGUACAAAUACUCGGACUUGGAUGAUGGAGCGUGCUGUGCUGAUGUUGCAGUGUUGAGUCGAGUAAUCCCCUUACACAUAAAUUAUUUUAUUUGAUUCAAAUCCACGCAUUUGUGUGAUUUAAGAGAUUCAUUUACUAUUACUAUAUGAUUUCAAUUUGGCAAGCAUGUCGUUUAAUUCAAAAGUAGGAAACGUAUUUACUCAUUAUAUUAAACAAUGAAAGAC